AUGACAGAUUCCCUACGAUUGACACAUUCACUAAAAUUACUUGACAACUUUAUGUUCAACAUAUCAAAGACUUCAAGUAUAAUAUCUUUAACAAUAUGGUUAUUUACUCAGAUACCACAAAUAAUUUUAAAUUAUAAACGUAGGGAUGUUUCAUUAUCAAUUUCAUUUGUUGGAUUAACAUUUCUUGCGGAUAUCAUAAAUCUAACAUAUCAAAUUCUGAUUAAAGACUCUGCAUAUUGCAUUUUAUUGGUAUAUAUGAUAAUACUAGAUCUAAUAAUAAUUUCACAAUACUAUUAUUAUUCACGAUACUUUAAAAAGUCAGUGUCGUCUCCACCACAACAACAACCAACAUUGGUCAAUCGAAUAUUGGGGGCUGCGUUCGUAACAGAUCUUGCCCUGGCUAUGAAUAUCAAGGUACAACAACAACAACAACAAACAUUUCCUUUAUAUAUUGACUGGGUCCAGGUCUUGCCCAUACUGUGCUGUUUCCUAUAUAUAAUACUGAGAAUACCUCAAAUAAGGCGCAACUAUGUUAGAAAAUCUACUACGGGACUUUCGUUAUACAUGGUUCUCUUUACUGUCUUGGGUACAAUAUUCAAUUUACUAUCGAUCGUAACAGAUACAAACCUUUAUAAGGUAUUGUCAAUCAAGAUUUUUUUGAUUGGUAGUUUUGUUAUAGUGAUAAUGGAUGGAGUGUUGUUGUAUCAAUUUUGGUUAUAUCGUAAACCUAUAUCCCCUUAUGAAAAUGAUAUAGUCGAUAUAGAUGAACAGCCACAAUGGUAUGUCAAGAAUCAGCCACUAGUAUUCUACCAAUCAUUUGAGCAAGACAGACCACUACAACAACAACAAUUAGCGUCAUCAUCUGUACCUUCAACCACUUCUAGCCCUCAUUUUUCCAAUCUGAUCCAUCCCAUUAAAUCAAAUCAAUCCCGAGGAAGAAAAUUGGUAAAAUCACCAGGUGAACAAACCCUGCUAUUGGAUGAAUCUUUGAUAGCAUCAACAGCAGUAUCAAUGGCAACACCUCCACCACCUCAGCAUUAUAUUGUUAGUUCAAGUUCUAGAUCCAGAUAUCAACUGAUUCAUCGUUUUAAUCUGCAACAAAACCAAAACCAAAGCACUCAACCGAAAAUUAUUCCUCAAAGUCUAACUAGUAGUUCUGUUGGUUCUGCUACUAGUUUAAUACCAAGUAUAAUUGGUAAUAUUUCUAGUGUCAAUAAAAAAUUAAUGGAUGGUUCAAAAAUUCCAUUCCUGCCGAUUGAUUUUUUAACUGAUGAUUACUAUAAUGGUAAUAAGAAUGUAAAUUCAUCUAGAGAAGGUGUAAAUAAUGGAAAUGUUGUUGUUGGUUCUUCUAACGUGUAUUAUGGUUCUAUAGAUACCUAG